GAAAUAACUUUACUCAUUGGAGCUGAAUAAAUUCUUGACCAAUCGUCGCCGUGAGAUUAUUCAUUUCCUGUUAUGGCGGCAUCCUUGUUUCACAAAUAAGAUAAAAGCACAAGAUGCCAAGAGCAAACAAAAGAGGUGCAGCUGAAAGUUCAGGUCCAGCUCGCAGAAGCUCAAGGACUCCAGCUAGGGCUGAGCCUGAACCAGUGAAAAAAGCCAGAGGAGCAUCAGCUUCCAGUGAUGCAAGUCCAGCUAAAGCCACUAGGAAGGCAAGCCCAAGUCCUGCACCCACUGGCAGAGGAAGAAGUGCAAAGGCAGCUUUAAAAGGACAAGGAGAUGAAUCAACACCCACCAAAGGUCGUGUAACAAGGGCUGUUGUGAAAGAAACGGAGGAAGAGACUGGUACAAGUAGGGGAAGGUCAUCUACUCGUAAAACUGACAAGCCAAAGGAAGAUCCACCAGCAAGGACAGGCAGAGGAAAGUCAACAGGAACGCCAAGUAAAGCAAAAGCCACACCUAAAGGUGGACGUGGCAGGAGUGCAAGGGGUAGGGGUAAAAAGGAAGAGCCCGCUGAAGAAGAGGAUGAUGAUGAUGAUGAGGAGGAGGAAGAAGAAGCAGAAGGAGAAGAAGAGGAGGAGGAAGAGCCUGAGCCUCCCAAGAAAGCAACACCCAGAGGUCGAGCUAAGACUCCAGCUAAAAGUCCUGCUAAAGCCAAAACACCAAGCCCGAGUCCUGCUAAGAAAUCUCCCAAAACAACACCUAAGCCUGCAGCAUCAAGAAGUCGUAGUAGAGGAGGUAAGAAAGAAGAGAUUCCUUCACCACAGGUCGUACUGGAGAAGAUGGAUACCUCUGAUGUAAUGGAAAGUAAAGAAAGCCAGGAAGCUGCAACUGAGAAGUCACCUGAAGUAGAGGUCAAAAGUCCUCGUGGAAGGCGAGCCAAGGCAGUAGAAAAACCUUCACCUUCUCCUUCAUCUAGGCCGGCAAGGUCAAGGAGGGGUACUCCAAAAAAAGAGGAAGAAAAUAGUGAAGAAUCUGUAGAAAAAGCUGAGGAAGAGCAAGAAAGUUCUAAAGACACAGAAGAACCCAAGGCAGAUGAAAAAGUUGAUCAAGAGCCAGAAAAAACAGAGGAACAAAUGGAAGAGGGAGUGAAGGAAACUUCUGAAAAAUCGGAAGAAGAAAAAGAAACAAAAGAAGAUGAGACAACAGAACCUCAAGAAGACAGUGCCGAGGAUUUGCCAAAAGAAACACAGCCUGAUGAAAAAGAAGACAAAGAAAAAUCAUCUGAAGAACCACCUACAGAACAGGUCCCAGAUGAACCUGAGACAGCAAAGGAAUCUCAGGAAGUGGAGAAAGCUGAGGAACAAAAACCAGAACAAAAACUGGAAGUUCCAACUAUUAAUAUCGAGGCAGCCUCAGAUGCUGUGGAAAUAUCGGAUGAAGAUACUGCAUCUUCACUUGUUGCUGAACCAGCACUAUCAGAAGCAGUUCAGAUAUCAGACGACUCACAAUCUGUCCCUGAAGAAGCAGUUGUAGUCCCAGACGAAGAACCAGUUCAGUCUGAACCAAUUGCAGUUGAUGAAACUCCAGUACCAGUUCAGAACUCUGUCACUAAUGAACCAGAAGUUAUGGAAGUUGAAUCUAAUCAGUCUGUGGAGCCAGUAUGUACUGAUGGUAAUCUAAAUGGACAACCAGAAUCAAGAAAAAGGAAAAUAGAUGAUGUUGAGGAAUCUGAACAAGAGAAUGUAGAAGCUAAAAAAGCAUGUGUCGCAGAAGAACAGGUUGUUCAAGAAAACGGGGAAACUUCACAACCUUCUGAAAAGGAAAAUAGUGCACAAGUUACACAAUAUAUGGAUGAUGUAACAACACGCAGCACGGAAGAUGAUUAUGUGAUGGUUAAUAAAGCUGAUGUGCCAGACAGCAAUAGUAAAGAAGUUCUCGACAGCUUACCACAACAGACAUCAGAUAGUGUUCAAUCAAAAAUAGACAGUAUUGGAAAACUAGGACCUUUAUAUAAUAGGAAGUUUAUUCAAAAUCCGUCGUUUAAGGCUGAAAGUAGUGACUCUUCUAAACAAUUUACUGUUGUUAGUUACAAUAUAUUAGCCCAGUGCCAUUUGGAAAGAAAUGACUAUUCAUUUACACCUUCUGAAUUUCUUUCAUUGGAGAAGCGUCACCAAAAAAUGAUGUCGGAGUUUCAAUAUCUAGAUGCUGAUGUAGUGUGUUUACAAGAAGUUGAACCAAAAUACUUUGAACAGCUGCUUCAACCUGCAAUGUUAAGCCUUGGUUAUUCAGGAAUAAUGAAAAAGAGAACUCAAGAAUAUUUUGAUGAAGGAGAAGCAACAUUUUGGAAAAACAGUAGAUUUGCAUUAGUGAAAAGUGAAACCAGCAGCUUAGCAACACUUGCAAACAAGGAAGUUGAAGAUGCAAGUUUGGAUUCCGGUGUCAAAGCUUCAGUUCAGAAAUACAUGGAUAAACCUGAUGUAGUGGUUCUGACACAACUCAAAUGUAACUUUACUAAUAAUGUUGUUACUGUUGGAAAUAUUCAUGUACAGUGGGGCAAAAUGGAAGUCCCAGAUAUACAAUGUAUUCAGAUAUCAUGUGCCAUAAAAGCUUUAUUAAACUUAGCUGAAAGUGAUAGUAAUCCUCAUAUUUUAUGUGGUGACUUUAAUUCCGAGGCCACCAGUCCUGGAUAUCAGCUUGUUUUGGAAGGCUUCCUGUCAGAUGACAUGAUUGACCAGCUACAAAGUAUAGAAAAUGUUGACAUGCCUGAUGGAAGUAAGAAAGCUUUAUUCAAUCAGCUGUACAGAGCAUUCCAACAUCCAUCAUCAAAUAUUAAAAGUUCUUAUUUAUCAACACAGGGAACUGAACCAACAGUAACAAGUUAUAAUCGAGUGAUGCGGGCUGCUGUGGACUAUAUAUUUUAUAGUGCUGGCAGUUUGGAUAAUGUUGGUGUGCUGGAGGUGGCAUCAGAAGCAGCCAUUACAGAAACAGGUGGCAUACCAAAUGCCACUUUCCCAUCAGAUCAUGUCUCCAUCAAAUCAACACUGUCAUUCAAAUAAGUCAUAAGAAUCACCAGCCAUUGUUGAUAUCAAAGUUGUACAUAAACAUUUAGUCAUUUUAACAGUGACAGUUACAUGGAAUGGAAUAGUUUAAAUAAUAGGUGUUUAUUUUUGAACAUGGUUCAGGGCUGUGAAUGCAUGUGACUGUUAACUGACAAAGAUAUUGGUUUUAUUCAUAGAUGGCAUCUAAAAUGUAAUUCAGGUUAUGUUAUUAAACUUUUAACCAGUUGCAGUUGUAUUUUUUCAGGAGCAUACCACGGGAGGGCUUUUUUUCUGUGUAAUUCAUGUACAUACAAGUAUUUUUUAUCUAGAUCCACUUUCAUUAUCUAUGACAGGAUCUGAUACAUGUAGAAAUUUCAUAGGUUUUAUUUUCAAAUUUCAUAGAUGUACAAUUUUUUCCAUCGAACAUUUGUAAAAAUAAAUAUUUCUUUUAUUAAGAUCAAAUUCAUAGUAGAUGAUCUCAAAAAAGCGUAAGAUACAUAUUCUUUCACAUAUAUCUUAAUAUAUUUCAUCAAUUUGGUGCAAAAUUGGAUAACAACAUUAAAUGUAGGCAAAUCAUUCGAACAAGAAGAAGUCCCAUUAGAUUUAAGAAGCAAUAUAUUAGGUUUACCACAAUCAUUGCAAUUUAUAGGAGAAUUAGUUCUUUUGUAGUUUAAAUAUGGAAAAUAUACAAUUGGUGAUCAAACACCAAUUAUUCAUACAUGCUUUACGCACAUUCAUUAAAUGAUGUUUUAUACAAUCACUCUUAUAGUUCCAUAUUUAAAUUCCUCAAGUAGUCUUUCUAGAAAUAUAACUACAGUUUAUUAAAAUAAUUGUAAAUAAAUAAAAAGUUUUUUUCCCGUAGGAUUUUUUGUUUAUUUCGGUCAUAUUGGCAGCUGAAAUUUUUUCCCCAUCAUAGUUCAAGACCACAAGUCAUUAAAAGCAUCUUUGAUGGUCUCUUAAAUUUUAGGUACUCAGAAACUUCUUAAAAAAAAAUGACUAAAAUAUCAAGUGUAGAGUUUUCAUUUGUUAUCACCAACAUAAUUAUAUCAUAUUGUCAACUUGUUUUUAUUAAAUAUAAAAUGAGACUGGGAAAAUACAACAGCUUGAUGUAUUAUCUGUUCUCAUAUUGACAGCAGAUAAGUGAAAAUUUGACUCGGCAAAAGUAGAAAAGUUUAGCUCUGAUCAGACAAGACAAUAAAAAAACAAAAUCAUAUAUCUUAAACAAGGAUGUAAAAAGCUGGUUGCAGUGUAUAGUAUAUGUAUAUGUUCCUAAUUGGGUUUGUUUUUUGGUUGACUCACAAUUUAAUAAAUAAAUCUAUGUAUACUUUGGUUGUAAAUUAUACAAGAAAUUUGUCUGUUGGAAGAAAAAGUCUGCAAUCCAGAUAAAUUUGUGUUAAUAUUUAAGAAAACUUCCAAUGUUUGGAGAAAUACAAUCUUGUUGUCUGUACAUAAUUAGUAUUGUGCAAAAAUAUAUAUUUGAGUUUUAUGAUGUCUCCCAUAUUUUUAUCAUCCAUAUAUUUUAACAUUAAACAGAAUUUUCAUGUAUCAGUUGUUUAGGUUUUGUUACAGAAAACUUUGUAGUUCACAUUUUAACGUGUAUUUUAUACUUGUUCAUGUUACUUGUUUUAGAAAGUUCAAUUGUUCUUAAGGAAAUGUUAGUAUUUAUAAUGAUAAACUCAUGUGUGUAAAUAUUUGAAGUUCAUGUACUUUUUAAAAAGUUUGGGGUUCUUUUUCUCAAUUUUGUGUGUGUGCAAAUUUGUAAGAAUGCAAAAUGCAAAGUUUUAAAGACAUUAUAAAUUGUAUGACAAAUUUACAAAGUUUUGAUCAUUUUAUUAAAAAAAAAACACAUUACUAUGGGGGUGAUAAACAGCCUUGACUCCCCAUGAGGGUUCCACCUGGUUGGAUACAAAAUAAUUUAAUAUUAAUAAAUGUACAAAUAGGAUAUAUUUUAUUCAAAUUGUUUAAAAUCCCUUGUCAUGAUAAAGAGCAUCAUAUAAAAAUGCAAUCUUGGUAGAGACUUUGAUUUCUGGGCAUCAUUUUUGAAAAGUCAAAGUUUGACUUGCAUCAAAUUUUCGUUCAGAUUUUAUACAUGCAAAAUUUCUGUCAUGAGUAAGACGAGGAUUAAAUUUAAAUUUAAUUCCAUUUAAACAACCAUUAAAUCUUAUUUGAUACAUCUAAGUCUUAAAGAUAUCUGAAUGACAUGUACAGAUAUUAUUUAUAUUAAUGGGUAAGGACAACAUUUGUGUAAAUAAUCAUCGUAUAUGUUUUAACAUACUAUUCACAUCUUAACUUCAUGCUUAUAAAAGUGUACCUUUCUUUAGAGUUUGUCUAAAACAUGCCCUUCUUUUGGAGCAACUGAAAAAAUAGCAUUCUUUUGAAUUAUAUUAUUUAGAAUAUGCCCUUUUUUAGAGCCACAAAAAUGUACUUUUCAAUUAGUAUGUCAAGUGUAGCUUUAUUACUGUCAACAUCUCAGAAGUUCCUUUUCUUUAGUGGAAAUCAAAAAUUACCUCCCUUUGAGUUCAGCUAAGGGUUGUACCUGUCUAUUUGUUAGUUCACCUCCCAUUUUCUGGAAACUUGAUUUAUACUGCGGGACAAUCUUGAUGUUGAUUAGGUUUUGGGGGCUAGAACAAUCUUCUUACAAGAAAGUGCUGUUAGAAUAAGAUCUUUCAAUUUCCGCCUGUUCAAAAAGACCCUUCCUAUUUACAGUAGUAAUCAGGUUUUAAGUCCAACUUAAAAAUUAAUUGAAGUUUUGUGAAUAUGAAAUUGUAUUUAUGUUUUUUUUGUAACCAUGCUGCUUCUAUUGUUAUAUAAGUUGCUUUAAUGGUUCUUGAUAUUAUAAAGAUGUUUCCGUUGUAAGGCGUACCGGUAUUAAGUCAGUCAGGUGGGGUACGAUGAAUUAUAAAAUUGAGGUAGAUAUUAUAUAUUCAAGUUGUGCAUUUAUAGACAUCAAUGCUUCUUGCUUUUCUCUUUGUCCUCCCUUAAGUUUAUGUUUUAUAGGUACCAGAGAUGUGAAUGGUAUUUCCAUUAAUAAAAUGUUUUCCAUCGACUGUCAGAAGAAAUUGUUUCUUUGUUGAUUUUUGAAAAUCAACAUUAGAAUAUGUUUUGUAAGGAAAACAUUUAAUUUACUUGUUCACUUUUAGAGUUCUUGUCUCAUUAAUUUGGAGGUUGUUUCCACAUUUUUCUUAUAACUUUAAAAUAUAAAUUUACUAAAAUCUACAUCUUACCAAAUAAUCUUGACUUAAGAAAUAUAACGUUUGGAAAACAAAGUAUUAAACUACUCUGGGAUGUUACAAGCCUUAUGCCAGGGUGUUUUUAAACAGCAGUUUUGAAAGUAGUCUCAGUUUUUAUUAUAAAAAACAGUGUAUUGACAGUUUUGACAAACUAACAUAUGGAAUGAAGACAUUGUUGUUGGAAAGUCUAUUAAUAGGUUUUAAACUUAAAUAAGGUUUGAUCUGAAUGUUACUUGAAGAACUGAUGUGGAAAUAGUGCAUUAUUUGUAGAACUUUAAAAGUCAAUAAGUAAUUAAACAUUUCAUCACUUGUACAGAAAAUUAUUUUAGAAAUCUAGAUAUCUAUUUGUUACAAAGAUGUUUGAUGGUAAUGCCAUUAUGUAACCAAUUACACAAUUAAAAAGCAUCUUACUAAA